UCUAUUUUUUUUUGUUACGUACACAUCAGUGACACUUGGUCCGAGGCUUGAAACUGCAACGCUAAUUCCGCACUUUUUUAGACCCACUCGUAAGGGGGCGGAACCUCGUUCCCAGAAUGUAAACAGUGUCCGCCAUCUUUGCUAACAGUUACGCUAACAGGACAAAGUGUCAUUUGUGGGCACGUAACAUCGAAAAGAAUGAAGAUAUUUCUCAAUUCGGGGGAAACUGAGGUUGGGAAGCACACUUUUUCAAAAAUACUAGCCAUAUUCUGGUAAUACAGAGCUAAAAAAAAGGUGAGGUACUCCUUUAAUUAACAUUUUGUGUUAUAUAUCAUUUUAUAAAUCUAAUACAUAGCAAUAUUGGAUGAAGUUUGACUUUUACAUAUACAGUACAUACUAGAUAUUUUCCCCAACCCUACCUCCUUAACGCCCAUCUGUGGACCACGACCCACAGUUUUACGGGCUGCUUUUGAAUGGUGAAUGGACAGUGGAGUCACCUGGAGCUACAGAAAGCACGAGCACCGACUGGAAAAACACUCACAACAGCCAAACGACCUUUCUCCUGUCUGCCAGAGCAGCUGGACGCCGCCGGCAGACAGAGAAGUGCACAUGCGGUGGAAUUAGCCGUCAUGAUGUCUGCGUGAGCGUCACAGAAACAGGUGGCUAACAAACACAACAUUCAUAAUCGAUGAAUGGUCGAAUGAACACAACCCAAAGUGUUCACAUGUAUUCGGUGUGUUUAUUGUCGGUAGACGGGAGGCGGCAGUGUGGGAUGUUGCCCGGCAGCACCAUAGCAACACAGUUUAUGGCUACCUGCUAGUCAACGUAGACUCCGUGCCCACGCCGCGACUUGGAGCUAGUUGACUAAUUAGCAGACUUAAGGAAACACCUUUAUAUGAAUAAAAAGCAUGUCAAAGUAGUGGGUUUACCUUCGCAGCAGAAGCGUGGAGUCGUCCUGACGCGCAGAGCCGCCGCCUACUCCGCUGAGUUCCGGAGAGAGCGACUACACUGCUGCUGCUACUGCCGCUGCUGCUGCCACUGCCGCCGCCACCGUCUGCCUGUCUGCUCCGCUCCCUGUGAUGCAGCCGCUGCCGCCGCCGCCGCCGCGCCUCCGUCAGGCUGUGACGUUGCUGCUGGCAGAGCCGGAGACAAACACACUCACACACUCACACACUCAGCCCUUUGUAUGAGCGUUUACACGUGUCAUUUCAUGUCGAAGUGAAGGUUUAUUCUGCCCUCACUACUCACUACUCACUUUCUAACCCGUGCCCUCACUGCGAGGCAACGUUUAACCAAACCAGCGUUUAGAUGCGGUUUAGCUAUUUCAGGCUUUCACUGCCUGACUGGGCCACUGAGCAUAUAAUCAAUUACCAGAUGAUAUUAUAAACAGGGCCGCUCCAAGAAAGUUUGGGGGGCCGAGGCAAAAGCAACCAGCUGUGGCACCAGGUUUUUAAAAAGUUGUGAGGUGGUAUAUAAUUUUUGUUGUUGCCAAUGUUAUUAUUACUUGGAAGUGAAGUAUUGUUUUUAGUGGCUCUGUCCGCCUGUCUGUCUGUCUGUGUUUCCACACUUGCUAAUAUGACCAACAGAGGCCGACGGAGGCUGGGGUCUGCCAUCUCUGAUCGCCUUGUUUUGCCUCUGUUCUGGUCUUAGUGAACAAACGACUAACCAAUGCGAUGGAUGAGGUGACCUGAGCCCAACAAAGUCGAGGACGAGGAGGAGAAAUUCUAUGUGGGACAAUGUGGACCGGCUGUUACCAGUGCUGAGAGUUUCAUCACUUGCCCAGUCAAAGAAUCAUAAUUCCUUCUCCUGAUUCUUCCACUGACGCCUCCGGUAUGUGAUGGGACAGAGAGCGGGCGGCUGCGUCGCUCAGCCUCGACGCCUGAUAUCACCCAUCUGGAACUGCUGGUGGUGGUUGGCCCCGAUGUCCAGCAGGUCCACAAGCAGGACACGGAGAGAUACAUCCUCACCAACCUCAAUAUCGCCUCAGAGCUGUUAGGAGACAUGACCCUGGGCGCCAACAUGCGUGUGCACCUGGUUCGCAUGAUAAUCCUGUCGGAGCCAGAGUCAGAGAUCCAAAUGUCCGCCGACAUCACGUCAUCUCUGAGAAGCGUGUGUGACUGGGGCAAGAGGAUAAACCCCCCCAACGACACAGACCCACUACACGCUGACCUGCUGUUGUACAUUACAAGGUAUGACCUGGUGUUGCCUGAUGGGAACAAGCAGGUCAGGGGGGUGACGCAGCUGGGCGGGGCUUGCUCCAGUGAAUGGAGCUGUGUGAUCACAGAGGACACGGGCUUUGACCUUGGGAUCACCAUCGCCCAUGAAAUUGGCCACAGUUUUGGCGUCAACCACGAUGGAGUGGGCAACACGUGCAGCAGGAGCGGCUUCAUGAUGGCGUCCGACGGAGGCUACAACAGCGUGGAUCUGACCUGGUCCCCCUGCAGCAGACAGCAGCUGCUCACGUUCUUCAGUGAAGGCAAGGCUGAAUGUGUGAGCGACCAACCUGCCGUAGAAGGGUCUCUGCAGGACUGGAAACCCGGUCUUUAUUAUGGAGUCGACGAUCAGUGUCGUAUAGCCUUCGGUAUCACCGCCAGAGCCUGCUCUUUCACCAGUCAUGACCUGCCGGCCUGCCGGGUCCUGUCCUGUCAAAUCAACCCUGAUGAUGAAAGCUCCUGCAAACGACUCCUGGUUCCACUGCUGGACGGGACCGAGUGUGCUCCACAUCAGUGGUGUCUGAAGGGCCGCUGCGUGUCGCCGGAUGAGCUGGGCUCCUCUGUGGUGGUGCACGGCUCCUGGUCCAGCUGGUCCGAGUUCUCUCCCUGCUCGCGCACAUGUGGCGGGGGAGUCAGACACCGCACCAGGCAAUGCAACAACCCAAGACCUGCUUUUGGAGGGGACGACUGUCAGGGUCCGGAUGUUGAGGCUGAACUUUGUCACCAGCAGCAGUCAUGUGAACACACGCAGCUGGAUUUCAUCGCAGAACAGUGUUCACAGACGGACCUGCAGCCCCUCUACCUGCAACCAAACACGGCCUCUUUUUACACGUGGAUCCCCGCGGUCGGCUUUGCACACGGGGACGAGCAGUGCAGAUAUACGUGCCAGGCAGAUGGAGAGAACUUCAUGGUGAGCCGCGGCACUCAGUUCGUGGACGGGACUCGCUGCGAGUCGGACCGUCCGCCUCCCUUUGGCUCCACAGCCGCUUGUCUGAGAGGGAAAUGCCAGCUGUUCGGCUGCGAUGGCGUACUACACUCUGGGAGAGCUUGGGACGUGUGUGGGGUGUGCGGCGGCGACGGAUCGUCGUGCAGUUUGACGUCUGAUUCCUACACUGCUGGUCAGGCCGGAGAGUACACCACUUUCCUCUCUGUGCCAGUGAACGCCACACAGGUUCACGUCGUGAACAGGGCGCCUCUCUUCACUCACAUGGCUGUGAUGUUGGGGGAUCGGUACAUUGUGUCUGGAGCUGGCAGCAUGUCACUCACCAUGACCCACCCUUCCCCUGUGGACGAUAAACGUGUAGAAUAUCGUCUUCACCUGACGCCUGAGCACCUGCCUGCGAUGGAGGAGCUGCUGAUGCCUGGGCCACUGCAACAGGAGAUAAACAUACAGGUCUAUCGCAAAUACGGAAAAGAAUAUGGCGAGAAAACGAAUCCGAACAUCAGUUACCAGUUCUACAUAGCGGUCAGAAACAGUAGCGUCACAGGGAACGCGUCUAAAGGAACAUGGGCUGUUUUUACGACACCGUGUUCGGUCUCCUGUGGAUCUGGUGUGCAGAAGCAUGUGUAUGUCUGUGUAGAUGAAGGUACCAACAACCAUUUGGAAGAACACGACUGUAAAAUGCCCGCGCCGCCUGAACCACCACAAACCACGUGUCAGCUCUCGCCCUGUCCUCCCUGGUGGGACGCGGGUCAGUUUGGAGCCUGUAGCGCCUCCUGUGGUGGAGGACAGAUGGUGCGUCCCGUAAGGUGCGUUCAGAAACACGGAGCUGACGUGGCGACCGUCCCCGACUCUGAAUGCUCACCUGACGCAGCGCCACGUGCUGUGGAACAAUGUAACGUGCAGCACUGCCCAGCCAGGUGGCAUGUGUCAGAGCCAGGAGAGUGUUCGGCAGUGUGCGGCCCAGGAGACGCCAAACGUGCCGUUUCAUGCGUCCGCUCAGAAGUCGGCCAGGACAUCGAAGUGGAUCAGAGCUUUUGUCCGAAGCAGAUGAAACCGCACGGUUCUGUGCCCUGUGUCGUUGCCGUGUGCCCUAUUGGGUGGGAAUCUGAGGGAGAGGACCGGCCCAUGCUCAAGUCCAGUUUGUUGCCGCACGCUCGACAAGGUCCCGUGUAUGUUUGGAGCCCUGCGAUCAGCCAGUGCUCCAAGACCUGUGGCAACGGGACACUGCAGGUGUGGUUUUCCUGUGUGGACCACCAGACCAGACUAGGGGUGCCAGAUUUCCACUGUGAGGCUUCGGCCAAACCUUCGCCUCAGACUGAGACCUGCAGCACAUCUCCCUGUCCUCCUCCCACGUGGCGCUCUAAGCAAGGGGUCUGCAGUGUGACGUGUGGAGGAGGGGUGGCCGACAGGGUGCUGUACUGUGCUCGGGAAGCGGAGACGGGGGAGGAGGAGGAGGUGGUGGAGGAUUCCGUGUGUGACGGCUCUCUCAAACCCUCAGCCGUGGUUUCAUGUAACACCCACAUCUGUCCUGCGAGGUGGAAGGUGUUCGGGACGUCGCCCUGCUCCGUGUCCUGUGACUUGGGUGUAGCUCAGAGGACGGUGUCCUGUGUCCAGUUUGUCCACGGCAGUGAGCGUGCAGUGGCAGAGGAACACUGCCACGCGGCCGUCAAACCGGCCACCACUGUUCCCUGCCUGGUGCAGGUCUGCACCUUCAGGUGGGAGGUGAAGCCAUGGAGCCAGUGUUCAGUAGCCUGUGGAUAUGGGAUCCAGUCCAGAGCGGUGUCCUGCCUGGGUCCCUCUAAACCCGAGCCCCUCAGCCCCGUGCUCUGCAUGCACAUGCCCAAACCCAUCACCAUCCAGGGCUGCUACACGGGCGGCUGCAGCUCCACCACUGAGGGGCCUCUCCCCUCUACCACUAUGAGCUACGACACGCCACAGCGCCGCAUGGUGGCCCGUCCUCCCAGUCUGACAGAGGCCGUUACUUCCCCACAGACCCCCACAACGACCACCCCAACCUCAAGAGAUGCAUGUGGACAGUUACUCCUGGAGGAAUCAGGCACAGUGGAUUUGCGAAAUGUGUCCAGCCGCUGCACGGUGUCCAUCGGUCGACCCCUGGACGAAGUCAUCUACGUUAGGGUGGAGUCCAGCUCCUUGAAUUGCAGGAAAAAGGAGUACGUGGCGUUUUUCGACCGGCUGACGUUCGCGAGGAAGUGCGCGCAGGUGGCGGGCAGCGAGCUGACCACGAGGAGCAACGUGCUGCUGGUCCGCCAGAGCCGGCUCACUCGCGGGAACGGGAUCGUGUUCACGUACAAGUCGCAGAAGAACACAAAGAGGAGUCAUCAUCAGAACUGUGACGUUCAGCUGUUCUCCCCCAGCGGUGAGUUCGAGAACCCGACGACGUCCGGCACGAACCACACCUGUCGAGUGCUCAUCAACGCCCCUCCCGCAGUGAAGAUACGGAUCCAAGCGCUGCACAUAGGAUUAGUAUUCAACGCCACCAACGCUCAGUCUACAUAUAUUAUGAUCCGGGACAAGGACGUCUUACAGACCAGUAUCUUUAAAGGCCAACACUUGUUUCUGUGGCACUCGUCCGGAACCAUGGCUGAGAUUGAGUUCCACGGAGACUACCUGCAUUCUAAAGGACGCUUCCGAGCUGAAUAUUCCUUUACCAGUCUUUGAUAAUAUCGAUAUAUAUGUUCAAUAUUACUUUAGUUAAAGAAGCUUUUUUUGUAUCAGCCUUUAGAUUGUAUUAUGUUGAGUAAAAAAGACGGCACAAUCUUUUCAAAUUUGAUUUUCACGAUAUUUUUGGACAUGAAAUAAACAAAACAAAAA